AUGAAGCGAAAGAAAGAUGAUGACCCUCCGCCUCCAAAGGCAAAGCGAAACAAAGGGAAAGCAAAUGAUGAUGGUUUUCAAGAAACACCAUUACUUAGAAAAGGCAAGAACGUCCAUACUGCUUUGAAAGCUGCUAAAGAAGACACAUCUUCUCCUGGUCCCUUAAAUGCUGUCAUCAAUGAAAAUGCAUCUAUGCCUGUGGUCAACAAAGAUACGAGUGCUCAAGCUGUAUUACCUGCUCCUAUUACUUCCACUAGCUGUACUUCUACUCCCAUCAAGGCCUCUUAG